CUAGCACGUUAUGACCACAUCUCUGGUUGUGCCGGUAGCAAACUAAUAGUCCAAGGAGGGCUCAUAGAUGACUUCUCAGAGAAGAAUAAAAGGCGCUUGCGUUCCGUUGUAGAGGUCUUCGACCCGUACUCGGAGUUAUGGGCACAAAAACCAGUCCAUGGAGACUCGCCGGCGCCUGGAGUGUACCUCUCUGCAAGCACGUCAAUCCAUAACGGUCUCUACACGUUUGGAGGGAGUGAUGGAAAGAAUUUUUUCAACACCCUCCACAGGCUUGACACUAAUACGCUACGCUGGAGCCAACUUUCUCCUCAGAAUGCAGACGGAGCCCCUAUGCCUAAGUGGGCAUGUGGAAUGGUGUCAUUUAAGGAUAGUUUAUUAGUUAUUGGAGGAAAUCGACCAAGGGCUGGUGGAGAAUGGACUGAUGAGCUUCAUGUCUACAAAAUCUCAGAGGGUGUGUGGAGCUGUCCUGCUACCACUGGAGAGCGACCUCCUGUAUGUGCAGACCUUACUUUUACUGCAGUAAGCGACAAGAGGGCAGUGCUCUUUGGAGGGCACAAUGGUUCGCAGGAAGGGUUUACGAAUAAUGUCUUUAUCAUUGACUUCUCAACAAUGAACUGGAGCAAGCUCAAGAAAACAGGUGGUGGAACUUGGCCAGAAGAGAGGGCCAAUCAUGCAGCUUGUUGUCUCAACCAUGGCCAGCAGUUUCCUCAACUACUGGUAACUGGGGGGCUAGACAGAUGUUUUAAGCCACUAUCUGAUGUCUGGAUUCUUGAUACUGAGAUAGGCAAAUGGAGAAAGAUUGGUAUAUUGAAACCUCGUGCUGGUCACUCACUGACUGUUCUCCAGAUAGGUCCAGAUCUAACAGAGGUCGUGGAGUUUGGGGGAACUCCUGGGCAGUGGAUUGGAAACUUUGAAAAGCAGUGUAAAGUUGCCGACACAGCUAUACUGCAGUUUAGACUAGUGGAGACUUCUGACCAGUCCCAAUGGGAGUUGCUGUCUGUAUCCGACAAUAAACAACGUGGAUCACACCAGAGAAUUAUUGAGAAAUUCCGCUUUGCAGUUGAGAGCUGGCAGCAAUCCACAUGUAAUAAAGAGAUUACACAAUUGCAAUCAGAGAAACGGAGGGUGGGGGAAUUAGAGGAGGAAAAGGAAAAGGUAAAGAUGGAAUUGCAGCAUGUUCAAGCAAGAGCCAAUGUGCUACAGCAGAGGCUGGAUGAGGUUGAGAGGAGGGAACAUGAUAACUUGGUAGUUCAAGAGCAAGCCAUUGCAGCUGAACAGCGAGGUCCAUCAUGGGAAGUGAAUGAUGAUGAAUUAGAAGUCACAGAAGAAGAGCUUGGGUGUGGUGGGUGGGCUAAAGUCAAAGUUGCUAAACUCAAAGUGGCGGCAAAGUGCUUGCACAGCCAAUUGGUCUAUGACUACCAUCGUCGUAUCUUCAGACGUGAAAUGGAUGUUGCUGCCAGAGUUUGUCACCCCAACUUACUACGAUUUCUUGGAGCAAGGCUGGAGGGAGGUAUGACCAUUUUGACAGAGUUGAUGCCAACUAGUCUAAGGGCUCUGGUGAACCGACAUCCACAACAACAUUUACCUUUAAAUCAAUUCCUCUCCAUUGCAAUUGAUGUGGCCAAUGCCCUGAACUACCUCCACAACAUGACUCCCUACCCUAUAAUCCACAGGGACCUCAGCAGUGCCAAUGUUCUCCUCAGGCCUUCUUCCGAUGGAGGUUGGAUCGCAAAGGUCUCUGACUAUGGUACCGCCAACUUCCAGAACCUACUGCGGACUGGGAAUCCAGGCAAUCCUGUAUACACUGCCCCAGAGUCCCGUGACCCUGCUCUUCAGACGCCUAAAAUGGACAUCUACAGUUUCGGCAUCCUCCUGGUUGAGAUGUAUACAUGUGAAUUCCCUGCUCCCGAACAUCGUGACGAGUUAAUGGAGUCGAUUGAUAAUCCUGCUAUCUUACACCUAAUCAGGCAAUGUCUAAAUGAAGGCAAAGAUCGACGUCCAUCAGCUGGUCAACUGCUGGAACUGCUGCAAGCCAUUCAGUAACUAAUUUAAUGCAUGUCACUUUGUCAUGUGACUUACAACGUACUGAGAAUUGACUGAAAUUAAAAAGUCAUGCAUAAUGGAAAUUGUAUUAAACCUUUUUACAAUUUACAUGUGAACGCAUGAAGUAAAAAUAGGGUGUUUGCCACA